AUGAAACGAUUAGGGAUCGCAAUUUUCGGCCUCGGAAGAAUCGGACAGAUCCAUUUAGAAAAUUUGCUGGUUAAUCCUAAUUACGAAAUCCGGUAUUUAUGCGACGUCAACGAGUCCCACGCAAAAUUCAUCAGAGAGCGAUAUAACCUUGCUGCCGAAGCUGUUGGCCAAGAUUCCUUCACAAAAGUCUUUGGGGAUGAAAAAGUCGACUGUGUCAUUGUCGGAACUCCUACUGACACGCACGAGGGUCUUUGCGAACAAGCACUGAAGAGUGAAAAACAUGUGUUUUGCGAGAAACCACUGGCGAUGACACUUGAAAGCUCGCUGAAAAUUAUUGAGCUUGCGAAGGAAAAGAAUCUGACUCUUCUCGUCGCCUUCAACCGUCGCUUCGACCCUCAGAUUCUCCGCGUCAAGAGCGAGUCAAAAGCUCUUGGCAAACUUUUCACAGUGAAAACAACCGCUCGCGACGCUCCUCGUCCUCCGAUCUCGUAUCUCAAAAUAUCCGGCGGUAUUUUCCACGACUGCGCCGUCCAUGAUCUUGAUUUACUCAGAUUUAUGCUUGGAGAAGAGCCUGAAACCGUCUACACUUCUGCUCAUGCUCAUGACCCUGAAAUCGCAGCAUUGAACGAUGCAGACACCGUUUUUAUGCAGUUAAAAUUCCCUAGCGGAGCUCUUGGCCACAUUGAACUUGGCCGAGAUGCUAGAUAUGGAUAUGAUCAGACCGUUGAAAUCUUUGGCGAAAAAGGGAAGGCGAUUUCGGCGAAUCAACAAAUUGCUCAAUGGCAAGUCUGGAAAGCUGAGGGCCAAUCUACUGAUGCUAUCAAGCAGUCCUUCAAACAACGAUAUCAUGAUGCAUAUGUUGCUGAGCUCGUUGAGUUUCAUGCGAUCAUUACUGGCGAGAAGGCUGAUAUGUCUGUUGUCCCGGCGGAUUGUUUGAGAGUGUCAGUUUUGGCAGAAGCUGCUGAAGAAUCGUGGAGAACUGGCCAGGUUGUCAAUAUCAAGAAUUUCACUGAAAAAAUGCUAGAGCAUGAAAAAGUUGAUUCGAAGAGAUUUCAUGCCGCGCUAGAAUAA